CCUGUCCCUUACUGUGAUUUUUCUUUUUCAGGAGAACUCUUAGUUUGCCAAAUUUAGGCAAAAUUAUAUUAAAAAUCACAUUUACAUGUUGUUCUAAAUACAGUCUCAUUGGCAUAGUAUACAUUUUUUUCUAUAAAAUAGAAAUACAUUUAUUGGUGUCCCUUGUUUCAUGCCAGAGGAUUUUAGACAUGUUUAAAAAUGAUCGGGAGGUCGGGAAGUGCUUGUGGCACUCUGUUCGGCUCGUAAUUCCUCACACAUGAUACGAGCCGCGCCCAUACGGGCAUACAUGAUUUCCACACGAUUGAAAAAAAAUUGCAUGCAAACUCGUACGACAGCAAAAAUUGCACUGUGUACGCCCGUCUUUACUCUUCCUCCUCACCAGCAGAAGUUGCCAGCACCAAAAUGAAUGUUCCACUGCACAUUUCACCCUGGACUACAUCUCCCAUAAUCAAUUUCACCGAUUACAAACACAGCUGUAACCUAUCAAAUGGAUUAUAUAGGUCACACACAAACACAUCCACACUGUGAAGUGUUUGCCUUCCUGAUUCACACAUACUCCAUCUGCAGUGCAUUUUAUUUUAACGCACCCACACUCAGGGCCGGAAUAAGGUGGGUGCUAUUGAUGCUGCAGCAUUUCCUAAAAUAGGUCCAGAUGAAAACAGACGAGAAUUUUCCAGAAGCUGAACAGUUUUCCUUUGCUACAAGAUUAUUUUAAAUAAGAAUUGAAUUAAAUUAGAAAGGAUAAGUGUCUGUGACAUGUUAAAAAUACUAACAGAAAAAAAUGAUAAAGCUACACAGCAAAAUCUCUGGUGUAAAAUUUUCAGGGACGGUGUAAAAUUAACAGUGUUGACAUUGUUUUAACACUACAUAGUGAUAAAAUAACACUGCUGUUGUUAUUUGUAAGACAGUGUCAGUGUGAAAUUUAAGUGUAUUUUCAAAUUUCACCCAAAGUCUAGUAACAGGCCACGCCUCCACUUAAGGCUAGGCCACCAGUCUGUUUCCGCCAUUUUCUUUCAGUUGAAGCCGAAGGCGAAGGAAAGGCAGGUAGAUCAGAUUCUCACACGAUAUAGCUAAAUUAAUAAAUACAUUUAUUAGUAAAUAGCUAAAUAUUUUUUUAUAUUCACGGGGCCAUGCACAUGGGUAAGGUUAGAUGUCAUGGACAACUUUGAUCAAAUCGUUUACUCGUUGAGAGAAAUCGGGGCCACGUUGUACUAAUUUGAUACCUUAGUAAUUCAGAUCAUGGACGCGAUUUAAAAUAGUGGACUAAGUUAUCUGUCCUUGAUUAACCUAAAACGAAUAUACGUAUUAAUAAAUCGUAAAUUUAUUAAACAAAUUUCUAAAUUGUCGUCACGACAUCUAGGCUUCCCUUCUCUACAUUACGCCUUUUACAGAUUAAAACCACACAGUUGAUCAUGAGAAGAACAAAUUUAAUGUUUGUAACUGUAAAAACGCAGAGUUAUACAAAAAGAUAAAAUAUCAAGGACAGGGGAAGAAUUUACAGGUGCUAAAAGCUAUUGAAAGAUUUGAGGCCUAAUAGGCGGAUAAAGCCGCGACGCACUCUAAAUUGGCGGGCGGGCGCGCGCCAUGUCACACUUGUUAUAAAGAUGAAGCUUGACCAGCUUCAGGAUGUGUCAGGUAGGAGAGUUCCUGUCUCAAAACCUCGCCGAAAAAUGUUUAAGGUGUUUAUUUGACCAUGUAAGCUGCUGUUUUAUUUAAUAGUGUCUGUGGAAGAACGUAUAACACACACGCUUUAUAAUUAAAACGUUAGAUUAACGAAGCUUUCGAUGGGUGCUGCAGGAUUUGCUUUUGUGUGGACGUAAGUUAAACAUGUGCAAUAUCACCAAAACGUCACUCAAUUUAAUAAUUUAUAAGCGAAACUUGCAUAGUUGGUUUUAAAACUUUAUUUUACAAGUUAGAUGUAACUGUGUUUGUGUGUAACGUUAAGUGUGUGUGUUAGGUUUUCAUAUUGGCGUUAUCUAGAUGAGUGGUUAAAAGACAUAAUAAAUGUGCUAGCUUAUCUUAAUAGUGAGAGUGUCGUUCUGAAGAAAUGCUGGUCCAAGUCGAGUGUAAAGGGAACCCGAAAUGGAUCCGAAUACCAGAGAAAAAUGACUGUUUUGACUUCUGUGGAUUCAUUAAAGCUUCAGCAAAGUUCAACUUGCCGCAUGGAGCCAAUGUGGUUCUUAAAGACUCUGCAGGAGUUGAUGUUGAUGCUGAUAUUUUUGAUGAGCUUGUGAGAACAUCUAAGGUGUCCUUCAAAAUUUUGGAUGGUGAUAACAAUAAAUCGGAUAAUGUUCCACAAGCUGAGAUCGAUCUCUCUGAGCCCUCAUGCCCUGGGUCAUCGUUUUCAUCAAUAGAAUCAGAAAGUUCGGAGUCCACAGUGAUUCCACAAUCUUCAAAGGCAUCCAAAAAGCGAUUCUUAGAAGAACCUUCUGACUGCAAUGCGUCAAAAGAUCUAGUUCAUGCAGCGCUACACUCAAAACCAGGAGGCUCUGAUAUAUUGAAGGAGUAUGAACAAACAAGUAGCCUGUCUGACAAGACACGAAAGAAGCUGGUAAACAUCCUUGUGGCUGAUAUGGUAGAGAAGUAUGGGAGGAUUCCACCAGUCAGUAUCCGUUUAAGCUACGCUCUUGGGAUCAUAACCUUGUUCCCCAAUUUGAAGGAUAAGUGCUCACCGACUGGUUAUGAACAUUACUAUGAUCCACGCAGUGGCCAGGGUUACAUUGCCUACAGAUUGAAAACUGUUCAGCGCAACUCUGUAAAUAACUUGAAGGGGGCAUCCAAGGUGGUUUACCAAGAUGGUCCAAAGACUUUGCGCAAGACAUCUUCAGCAACUGAGCAGCUGUCAGGUGACGAAUGCACAGAAGCUAUAUCCAUGAUGAAGCAUUCAACGGACACACCAGUUAUUAAGGAUAAAAUGAGGACAACAUUCAAGUACAGGCAGAAUUUGAUACAUGAUCCAGACAAAUCUUCACUCAUCCUUGAUUACUUUCCCCGAUUUUUGGAUACACCAGGCUUGAUUGACCAAGACUUUACUAUGCUUUUUGGAGAUGACAUCUCAAGCAAAUUUAUUGCAAAAUGGCCAACAUUCUACAAGCAAAGAGUAAUUGCUGACUGCAAAAACCUGCACCCUGGUGCACAUGUGGAUGGGUGAAGGAGAAAGUUAAGCAGUUUUUGAGAGAUCAAAAAAACAAAACCGUGACUUCCACACCAAAGUAAUGAGAACACAUCACAUUGAAGAAGUUACAAGUUCCAAAGUUAUUUUACAAAUUUUAAAUAUGAUACAAAUUCAAAUUUUCUGUUAUAUUUAGAACAUUUGUGAUUUAAACGUAUUUCAAUUGAAUAUAUGAAAUAUUAUUGUUGUCAAAUACAUGUUGUCCAAUUUGAGAAUGAAAAUUUUUUAUUUUUUCAGAAACUGAAUUAUAGUGAGACUGUUACAGAAGUGGCUUAAAUAAAAUAUUAGUAUAUAUUAUAUUUUACACUGAAAUACUUUUCUCACAACGUACUAGUAAUGGACUUGUGUCAUUUAAGGGAAUUUUAGACUGAUUUGUGUGAGAACAGCUGCAAUUUUUUUCAUUUGAUGAAGCCAAUGAAUAGCUGCAUCUGGAACAACAAAAGUUCAUGUUUCUGAAUUUGUGCAAGGGGUCCUACUUCAGACUUUAAGACAUAUUUUUUUAUUUACUAUCUUUAUUAUUUUCUUCAUGCUAUUUUUGCUAUGCUAUGCAUUGCACAUUGUACAACUGAUUAUGUAUAUUUCAUAAUCUAUAAUCAAAUGUUACAUAGCAUGAAUAAAUUGGUACAUUAUGAGUGCUAACAAUGAGAAAGUAUUUUAUCUUGUGUCUUUUUUCCAACUAUUCAUGUAUGUUUGACUUAUCCACUUAAU